AAGUAAAAAAAUCGUCAGCUGACAGUCAUUAGUAUUGUAUAAAUUACUCGAUGAUGCACGUGGGUCGUGGUGCAUAGAUUUUCUUGACAAAGGCGAAAGGCCGAACCGUACCCGCGACCGUCAACGGCUUUCUCCGAAGUCUGAUCUCCGCUCUGGAGAUAAUACGGAGAACCCUGCGGACUGCUGAGAGAUUAUUUCGCGCAAUUGUCUGUAUACGUGUUAUAUAGGUUAUAUACAUAUACAGUCUUGCCUCUCGGUGACCUCAGUGCUUUCGGCUCAGCUGUUCUCGAACAUCUUAAGUCGUUGUCAUCUAAAUAACACACGCAGUGCGGAAAAUACACACGAGAGAGAGAGAGAGAGAGAGAGAGAGAGAGAGACUCGCGAGACGAAAGUGUGCAUUAGUUAUUAUUCAUCACGGUGCGCGCGUUCGCGGAUUUCUAAGCCGACGAGAAAGAGAGAGACAGAGAACAGAGUUAUUUAUUUUUAGUUAUGCGCCGCGCUUACUCCUCAAUGGCGAGCACGAUCAUGAUCGUCGUCAAUUCGACGAGUCGUCGCUGCGUAGCGAAAUGCCGCUGCUCCUCCGACUACUAGUGCGAUUCCACACAAUAAGGCCGAGAGAGCAGGGCACGACGUGAUUAUAUAUCUAUCCCUCUGUACCGUCUGUGAGGCUCUGUCGUCCCUUUACAAGAUUCACACUGCCUGCCUUGUCUUCUUUUUACCUUUUCUCCCCGCGAGAGAUUUUCCUGGUUGAAUCGUCGACUAUUUUUAUUGUAUGUACCCAGCUUCCAUCAGACCGUGCGAAAAGAUGCGGAGGAACAAGCCCAACGUCUUUCACGAUAUCUACAACCAGCCCUACAGCAACGACACGAGGAUCAAGCUUUAUAACAGCAGCAAAUCAAGCCUCCAGCUGAUACAGCGUAUGUCACUCUUAAAAAGACUCAAUGUGCACUACGGCUGUGUCAACUCUAUUUGCUGGAACAAUACUGGAGAUUUGAUUCUGUCUGGCAGCGAUGAUCAACACUUGGUACUCACCAAUGCCUACAAUUAUCAGGUACUCUCGGAUUAUAAAACUAGUCAUCGGGCAAAUAUUUUUAGUGCCAAAUUCUUGCCCAAUAAUGGAGACCAUCGUAUUGUCUCUUGUAGUGGUGAUGGCAUAAUUUUAUACACAGAUUUAAUGAGAAAGACAGAAACAUUUCAUAAUCAAUUUACAUGCCAUAGUGGAACAACUUAUGAGAUCGCUACAGUUCCUUGUGAAUCACACAGUUUUUUAAGUUGUGGAGAAGAUGGAACUGUCAGGUGGUUUGACUUGCGUGUCAAAGACAAAUGCAAUGCUCCUAGAUGCAAAGAGGAUGUCUUGAUCUCUUGUCAGAGAGCUGUAACAGCAAUAUCUGUUAAUCCUGUUUUACCUAACCAAGUAGCAAUAGGAUGUUCUGAUAGCACUGUGAGAACUUUUGACAGAAGAAUGCUUGGAACACCAGCUACAGGAUGGAUAGAAAAUGGAGCUAGUGCAAAACCAUUGUACAGUUUCACUGUACCAGAAUUCGAAGGAAAUUCGUACAGAAUCACGUCAUUGAGUUAUAGCCCUGAUGGCCAAGAUGUUCUUGUUAGUUAUAGCAGUGAUCAUCUUUAUUUAUUCAGUAUGAAGGAACAAGGCAGUACUCAAUUAAAGAAAGAAACUGCAAGUGGAAAGGGCAAGGGAAAGAGAUAUCCCCUCCGAUCUCCACAACCCGUUCGCCGUUUGAGAUUACGUGGGGAUUGGUCAGAUACUGGGCCAGAUGCCCGGCCCGAAAGAGAAGGAGGUCGAAGAAAUGGAACAGAAAUCGCGCAAGCUAGACCAGUUUUACACACUUCUUUGAUGCAAAGGAUGACAGAAGUAUUAAGCAGAAUGCUCAAUGAUCCAGCCACAAGGGCUGCUCUAAGUGGCGGUGGUGAAGAUAGUUUCGAAGGUGUUAUAGAUCAGUCAGGAGAAACCAAUCAACAGAAUAACGACAGUACUACUGACACGAAUGAAGAAAGAAGUCGUAACAUUGAUGAAAGAGAACUCAAUUCUACAAUCAAUGAUUCAGCAAGUGCUAACGAAAUAGAUAUUUCUGCUGCAGCGAAUGUAGAAAGUGAUCAAUUGAUGCUUAAUGAGUCUUUAGCCCAAGCAGCUUCUGCAUCAGAAGUUCCACCUGUCGAUGAAAGACUUGAGUCUGAAUCGCACGUUCCUAUGGAAAUUGAAUCUAGUCAUUCAGAAGAGAGAAUAAGUCCUGAACAAUCAUUUACAACUCAUAACGUAUCUCCAAUGGAAGCUAUUGAUGAACAAAGUUCAAGUGGAGAAGCUUCUAAUGUUGAAAGUAGCCACAAUAGUAAUAGUAUGAUGGAAAAUUUGCAAGAUAGACUGACUACUAUGAGAGAUGGUUUCCUUGAAAGACAUGGAAGUGAACCAGCUGUCAAACUUACCUAUUCUGAUAAGGGUUCCACAAGUGCCACAAUUUCUCUUGGAGUUGCUGAUGAAGUUACAAGAGAUGGUUAUCAUCCUGCAGCAGAAGCAUCUGGAGGACAUUCAAGCAGCAGUUUUUCUGAUCCUGGUCCAAGCAAUUCUCGUUCUAAACCAACUACAUACAGUACUACUCAGGAAGCCACUGACGAGGAUGUUUAUAACGAUAGUGAUGAUGAAGAUAUAGAUUCAGAUAGACGAAUGGUGAAUCCCAUUGAGACGGAAAUGGACGAAGCAAUAGAAAAUGCUCGCGCAGCUCAAGGCCUAGAAAGUUUCGAUGAGAGCUGUCUAUCAGAUUUGCGUGUAAAGCAAAAAUAUAUGGGUCAUCGCAAUGCCAGUUUCUUUAGGACAAUGAUCAAGGAGGCAAAUUUCUGGGGCAACGACUUUGUCAUGUCAGGCAGUGACUGUGGCCACGUCUUCGUCUGGGAACGCGAAACAGCGAAACUCUGCAUGUUACUCGAGGCAGACCAACACGUCGUCAACUGCCUCCAGCCACAUCCGUUUUUGCCGAUGCUCGCUACUUCGGGUAUUGACUACGACGUCAAGCUCUGGGCGCCGAUCAACGAGGACUCCAGUUUUGAUGAGAAGUUUGCUGACGAUCUGAAGAAAAGAAAUGCAGUAAUGUUAGAAGAAACCAAAGACACCAUCACUGUGCCAGCAGUAUUCAUGAUCAGGAUGUUGGCAUGUCUUAAUCAAAUAAGAAGAGGUCGAGGUCGGAAUAGGAGACGAAGUGGUGAUGAUGAGUGAAUAUAAACAUUUUCAAAUAGUCAUGUUUUAUCAUUCAUCAACUGAUUAUUAUUGGCCACGGGGAUGAACUAAUCGUUAAUAUACUUUUUUUUUGUUGACGUUUGAAGAAGGAAAUUAAAAUUUGCAAUUUGUAUGCGAAAAAUUUAAAGGUAUGAAUUGAAUGGAUGCAGAAUACGUAAUGUGAUAAUUUCAUGAAGAAAUGCGGCUAAUAGAAUCAAUCUGUUAAUGAAAAAAUAUUUAAAAAUCAAAACAUUUUAUAUCUAAUAUAAGUGUGAUGAUUUAUAUGCAUUUGUUUUUUUUGUCGUUAAUGCAUUCAUGAAUUAUAUUUAUGAACCAUAUCCAAUUGUAAACACAUUAUCACAUCACCGUGUGUGCGAUGUUAUAUUAUAUACAAAAAAUUGUGAUUCAAGUUUUUCCUAAUUUAUUAUUUAGAAAUAUUUGUCAGUGUUGCAACAAAAUUUGCCAGUCUAUUUUUAUGAAUUAAAAGGAGUACGAGUUUUUAAAAAUAUAUGUCACUGAUCCGCAUUGUCUUUAAAGGGAAAUAUCAACAGUUAGCUUAUUUGUUUUUUAUAUAAAAUGUAAGUACUUUUCAAAUAAAACACUAAAUUAUUACAUCGAAUUAGUAAAUUUUAAAGAUUCAAUUGUUAUUAUAUAGAAAAAUGGCAUAAACGUCAAUUAAAUUAAAAUAUUAAAAUUUAUUUUUUGAUAAAAUGUGAUAAGGGUGUAAGAACAGACUUUCGACUCUCGGCUCUAGCUAUAUAUUUUUACGAAAUAAAUCAUGUAUAGAUAUUGUGUUUGAAAGUAAUCGAGCGUGAUACAGAUUUGUAAUAUCUAGAAUAUGUUGAUUUUUGAAAUGUUGUAUAAGUAUUUUUGAAUUACAAAACUUUUGAUUUUUGUAUUAUAUAGGCUGUAAAAUAAAAUUCUCUGAGGUACAUUCACGCGUUAAACUUGCAAUAUACAGAAAACACUGAGUGAAGGUUCACGUUAGUGUAACAAUCAGCCUUUUCAACAAUGCCGAUUUGAAUCAACGUAGCAUUAGAAGUGUAUUGGUUAAAAAUAAAUUCAAAUUUCACAAAUAUUUAAGACCAUGCAAUGUAAAUAGUGAAUUGAUUAAUUAAGAAAUAAAAAGUAAUUUUUACUACAUUGUAAA